AUGGAGGUGAGAGAGUCCUGGAAAAGGGGAUUCAAAUGGGACAUACAGGAGGCAAUAGUUCCCAAAGGAAGGGGUAGAGCAAGAGGAGGUAUACUGAUCGGAGUUAAAGAAGGAAUAGAAGUAGGAAAAAAGGGGAAAUGGGAUAUAGAAGGGUGGGUGGAAAGAGAGGUCAAACUAGGAGAAGAGUGGUGGUGGGUAGUAGGGGCAUACAUCAAUGAAGAUCUAGACAGGAAGAAAAAGCUCAUGAGCAGGUGGAUGGAUGAAGCAUGGGAUAGACGAAUACUAAUCGGAGGGGAUGUUAAUGCCAGAACUGGAACAGACGGAGGAAUUAAAGUCGGAAAAGGACAUGAAGAAUGUAGUAUAAGAAAAUCGAAAGACAAAGUAAUCAAUAAGGAGGGAAAGGAGCUAUGUAGAUUCAUAGAGGAAAGAGGAUGGGCAAUUUUAAAUGGAUGUAUUGAAGGAGACGAAGAAGGAGAAUGGACUUUCGUAGGGGAAAGAGGCUGUUCUGUAAUAGAUGUGGUGAUGAGUGAUGAGAGAAACCGUGAUAAGAUAUUAGAAUUAAAAGUAGAAGAUAGAACAGAGUCCGACCACCUCCCGGUUUCGGUGAAGGUAAUAGCUAAAGGGAGUAGAGAAGAAAAGAAAGACAGGGAGACAAGGCAGGGGACAGGUAGAGGAUUAUGGACCAAAGAAGGAAUAGAAAACUUUCAAGAAGGUCUAAAAGACGAAGAGACAAGUAAAGGGAGUGUUGAAGAAGAAUGGGAAAGCCUAAAAGGGAAAAUCAAAAAAGCAAUCAAGAAGUCACUGAAAAAAGGGACUAGAGUAAGAGGAAACUCGGGUUGGUGGGACGAGGAAUGCAGAAUAGAAAAAUCUAAACUAGGAAAAGCUCUAAGGAAAUUUAAGGGUGGGAAAAUGAUAAGAGAAGAUUACAUUAAGGAGAAGAAGCAAUACAGAAAAGUUUGCGAAAGAAAGAAAGAACAGGAAAAGCAAAUGUGGGAGGACCAGGUCAAAAACGCAAGAACAGAAGAGCAGAUUUGGAAGAUCGUAAACGAAGGGAGGAAGAAGAGAGACGGGAUUAAUAAAGAUAUAAAGAUGGAAACAUGGGAUGUGCACUUCAAAGAGACCUUUGGGGGAGUAGAAGAGAGGAGAAGCUGGGAAGGGGUGAUGGAGGAAGAAAUGGAGGAGGAAGAAGAGCUAGGAGACAUUGAACUAGAGGAAGUUAGAGAAGUGGUAAAAAAAUUAAAAGAUCACAAGGCAAUGGGGGGAGAUGGAAUUCCAAACGAAGUCUGGAAAUAUGGAGGAGAAACGAUUGAGGCUGAAUUAUGGAGUAUAUGCCAAAAGGUAUGGAGGAGGGAGGGAUGGCCGAAAGAGUGGAAUGACGGAAUAGUAGUUCCAAUUAAGAAAAAGGGGUUGGGAAAGGAGGCAAGUGACUACAGAGGCAUUACAAUCACACAGACUGCCUACAAGGUGUAUGUGGAUAUUCUCGAGAAAAGGUUGAGAGAGGAGGUGGAAGGAAAAGGGAGGUUGCCGAUAUCACAGGCGGGAUUCAGAAAGAAAAGAGGGACAAUAGACAAUAUCUAUGCCCUGAACUACUUGAUCAACCGUGAAAUACAUAAGGAAAAAGGGAAAUUGGUGGUUCUGUUUGUGGACUUCAAGGCUGCCUUUGACUCAGUGGACAGGACGGAAUUGGUAGAAGGAAUGAAAAAGAGAGGUGUAAAUAUAGGCUUAGUGAAGAGAUGCGAGGAAGUUCUGAAGGAAACGAACGGCAGGGUGAGGGUGGGGAAAGAUCUAGGGGAGAAGUUUUGGACAGUAAAGGGAGUCAGGCAGGGAUGCCCUCUGAGCCCGCUGCUGUUCAUUCUUUUUCUAGCAGAUCUAGAUGAAGAAUUAAAGAAAGGAAGAUGGGGAGGUGUGGAACUUUCAGGGGGAGAAAAAAUAUAUUCCUUAGCAUAUGCUGACGAUAUAGCUCUUCUAGCAAAAAAUGAGGAUGAGAUGAAGGGGCUAAUGAGAACUUUAGAAAGAUACGUUGAAAGGAAAAAGCUGGAGGUUAACGUGGCAAAAACGAAAGUGAUGAGGUGUAGAAAAGGAGGGGGCAGAAAAAGGAAAGUGUUCUGGAACUGGGGAGGGAAGGAGGUAGAAGAAGUUGAUAGGUACACAUAUCUUGGAUACGUGCUCAGAGCUAAUGGUGAACAGGAUUUACAUAUACGGGAGAGAGUAGCCAAGGGAGCAAGAAUGUUAGGACAGGUAUGGGGGCAGGGAAAAAGGAAGUUCGGAAAGGACUGGACAAAGAGAGUUUGGCUGUUUGACAAACUAGUAUGGUCGGUUCUUUGCUACGGAGUAGAGAUAUGGGGGUGGAAAGCUAGAGAAGAGGUAGAAAAGCUUCACGACAGGUAUCUGAGAUGGGUGAUGGGAGUCUCCAGGAGUGUAGCCGGGUAUUUGGUCAGAGAGGAGCUUCAGAGAGAUAGGCUGGAAGGAAAAGCAGGGAUCAGGGCGUGGAGCUUCGAAAAAAGAGCUGUAGAGGGAGGAGGAGGGGAAAUAGUAAGAAGAUGCAGAUUGGAAAUGAUAAAGAGAAUCAAAGCGGGUAGAGGGCUUUGCGGAUGGGAAGCGGAGAGAAAAGAGUACUUCGAGUAUUUAAUAACUAAUACGCUAAUACUAAUAUGUUAA